UGAUUGUGAACGCGAGAUAUUUAGAUUAAAAGGUCAUCUAACAUCUGGCCUUGCGGGAAGGAGAGUCAGAAAAUGGGUUAAAAGAUUGGCGACUGGUUAAAGUCCGUAAAUAUUAUCGCGCCAGUAGCCUAAUCGAAACACGCGCACACUGACUGUGACUUGUGAAAGCAAGUUUUGUGGACUGCUGAAAAAGGUUUUUGUCUCUUUGACUUCCACUGGGGUCGGAGAGCAGCUGAGUGGGACAUAUAACCUGAUUACUGGCUUAUGGGCAAGUUUUUCUAAAUCAUAGGGGGACUUACAGGAACAGUUUACCAACAUGGAUUGCCUGUCUCUUUUGGAACAUGUAAUAGUUACCCUAUUCCUGGCUGUCUUGAUCAGCAUAUACAUGAACAAGGGCAGAGAGGAAUUCUUCAGGAUACUUUUACUUGGUCUUAAGUCCCUGCCAGGUAUGCAGGGCUUGAUCAGCCGAGUUCUGAAAGGGGAGGUAACUAACUUUGUCAAGCAGGUGAACCUGGAUGAGACAACAAAAGGUGGCAAGAGACCCCCACGUGUUGUGAUACCCAAAAAAGGUAUUCCUUAUGAUGAGCUUCGUGAAGCCAUGGCCAAAUUCAAGGCAGCCGAGACAAACCAUGUGGAAGGGAAAAUAUUUGCCUACACUUACACGCUGUUUGAUGAACAUUUCCAGCUACAGAAGGAUUGUUUUAAAAUAUUUGGAGAAAAAGCAGGGUAUUCUGAGAACCAUGAUGCUUUAGUCAGCCUAUUUCAUCAAGCCUUCCUUCAUGAGAAUGCCCUCAACCCCAUGAUUUAUCCAAGCCUCAGGCGUUUUGAGACGGAGGUCGUGAGCAUGGCUGCUGCCAUGUUGAACGGUAAUGAGAAUGCAACUGGCUUCCUCACCUCAGGUGGGACAGAAAGUGUCCUGAUGGCUGUCAAGACUUACAGAGAUCGGGCACGCAAACUUUUCCCUCACAUCAAAGAACCUAAUAUCGUGGCUCCUAUUACCAUUCACCCCGUGAUGGAGAAAGCUGCCCAUUACUUUGGCUUGAAGGUUUAUCACGCCCCAGUGGGACCAGACUUCAGGGUGGAUGUCCAGGCCAUGGAAAAGCUGAUCACCCCCAAUACAAUUCUGCUGGCCUCAUCUGCCCCCCAGUUCUGUCACGGCAUUGUAGAUCCUAUAGACAAGGUGUCAGAGCUGGCUGUAAGACGUGGACUUCCACUUCACAUCGACGCCUGUUUUGGGGGAUUCAUGCUGCCGUGGGUAGAAAAGUUAGGUUACUCAGUUCCAGACUGGGACUUCCGUGUGCCCGGGGUCACCUCAAUAUCAGCGGAUAUUCACAAAUACGGAUAUGUUGUCAAGGGAGCCAGUGUUGUCAUGUACCGAAAUGAAGAGCUCAGAAAGCACCAAAUCUUUACCUAUGCAGAAUGGCCAGGUGGAUUGUAUGGCUCCCCCAGCAUGGCGGGAACUCGACCAGGAGGAAACAUUGCAGCAUCGUGGGCAGCCAUGAGGGCUCUGGGAGAAGAGGGCUACAUGUCCAAGGCCAAGGAGCUGAUGGAGGCCACGAUCAAGCUGAAAGAUGGUAUCAGGAAAAUACCUGCCCUGGAGAUCAUUGGAGAGCCCUGUAUGACCUGUUUUGCAGCCCAAUCAACAGACCCUGAGGUGGAUAUUCUGGCUGUCUCUGAUGUCAUGGAAACCAAAGGUUAUAAAAUGGAGAAGCAACAGAAGCCCAGCUCCCUCCACUUCUCCAUACUUCCCCACCAUGUUCCGUUUGUAGAGCCUCUGCUACAGGAUCUGGCCAAAAGCUGUGAUGAGGUCAAGGCAAACAAAACAUUAGCCAAGAAGGGGAGUGCGGCCAUGUAUGGUAUGGUCGCCACGAUACCUGACAAAGCCAUCAUUAACGACUUUAUCGUGGAGUUUUUCAGCGAGGUGUACAAGUGCAAUUAAUCCAUUGAAGGGGAGAUCACUCCAGACUGACAAACCAAUUUAAGGUUUAAACGAUUUCUCUUAUUUAUUAGAGGUAUAUUUUUCAUCUGUCAUCAUCAAGUUAAUGCCAUGCAGUAUGAUAUGGUAGAACUUUGAAAAUCAUUCAUUAAAAUGUUAGAAGUAUGUUCGAUAUAGAUGUAUACGGUUUUUAUUACAUGUAUUUUCAAUGGAUACGAGUGAUUUUGUGUAUUUUAGUAGUUUAUCAAUGAAAAAUUUAGAUUGUUGACUAGUAGCUUCCAAAAUUACACUUUUUAAUUACACUUAAUUACACUGUUAUGUGUGUAUUUUUGUUAUUGCACUUUAUGCUUAUGCUGUUUGAAAAAGGAAUGUUCAUGAAAUAGUCUCCAUAAUUAAAUUUAUGCAUUCUACCUGUGCGUAUAUACUAUACUAUUUAUAUCAAAGCUAGAUAUCUACAAGUAUUAGUUGUCAUGUAGGGAAUUUUGGAUACAUAAGUAUAUUUUGAUCUACAGUUGAUAGAUUUUCUAUCCACAGUAAAUUUUU